AUCCAGUUAUAAUCAAUCAAUAAGUCUACAAUCAGAUCAAUCAGACCAAUCACAUCUUCAACUUCAGAUCAAACAAGAUGGACAAAAACCCCACCUCCAACAACCCUCAGAACAAAGAUACCAAUACCAAACCCCUGCAAAACGACAACAACCCCGAUCUAGUAUCCCACUACCAAGCGCGCUGGGCCAAAAUCCACGACGACACGAUCAGGCAGAUUGAGCGGGUGAAACGUAUGGGAGGAAAAUGGCGAUAUGAAUGAUGGGAGGGAGAGGUGGUGGGAUACGGAGAGAAAGUGAGAUGAUGAUUUUGCUAUGGAUUGAGAGGGACAUUGCAUGGUAUUUGGUGUUUUGGAUUUACUAUAGAGACGACAUUCGCUUCAUUGCAUUUUUAUUUCGCAUUUAUGCUUGUAUUGUUAGCUGUGUCUGCUUUGAAAGUAGCGUUGAUAGAGUAUCAGCAUGAGCAGGGAUAUUCCAGGAUAUUCCAGGACAGCCAGAAUGGCUGUAUGCUUGAUUAGAAUAUACUCACCUUUAAAUAAUCCUUGUAUAGGUGAAACAAGGCUGAAUAGCUCUAAUUCUUAUGGGUUGAAUGUAUCUCCCGUGUAGGGCUACUACAUGAGUAAGCU